AUGAGCGUCCUCGCCGUCGGACAGGCGUCGGCGCUCGAGGCGGACCGGCCGUCGUGGGUGGCGGUAGUCCAGGCGCUUGGAACGCUCUCGAGCCAGCUGGGCGCGCUGCAGACGGCGGCGGAGCGGUCGGCCGCCAUCUCCUCCUUCUACGCCGACCUCAACCCCAAGCUCUCGGAGCUGGGCCCGCUGGGCAGCCUCGCGCAGCAGCGGCUGGCGAUGAUGAUGCGCGAGCUGUCGCUCGACGGUGGCGGCGGAGAGAUUGUGUUGCCGGCGCUUUCGGCGGUCAAGAGGCGCCGCGCGUUUCCGUCGGCGGAGGGCCCGUGAUGCUCGGGGCGCCCGCGGUCCACCUCGCCUCCCCCCUCGUCUACCCCGGGGGCGACCGCUGGCCGAUCGCACCGGCGCCUGCCGCGCACGCGCGGAGCGGAGCGGCGAGGCAGUCAGUGUCGCCUCUGACGGCGGCGAUGCUGCCCUCGCCGCACGCCGAGACCUCGCGGCCGAGCCGCGCUUCGGGGAGUGACCAGCGGCCCAAGCUGCACGCGUGCAAGAACUGCCAAAAGGCAAAGACGGCCGCACAGA